AUAGUCGCCAGUAUUUUCAGUUUUCCACCGAAUAGACAGCAAAAAUAGGAGAAUUGUGCGAAAACUGUAUUUUAUUACUACAUUUUGUAGAAAGUCCUUAAAUAAAGGUUUAAAUACUGUAAGGAAGCAAUUAUAAUUAAAACUUAAGUUAAAUUAUUAAUAUAGUGUGAUUGUGAGUGUCAUUGUCAAAAUGGAAGCACUUAUUCCGGUUAUAAAUAAAUUGCAAGAUGUUUUCAACACAGUUGGUUCGGAUUCUAUACAAUUGCCUCAAAUUGUAGUACUUGGAAGUCAGAGUUCCGGCAAAAGUUCUGUUAUAGAGAGUUUGGUGGGACGCUCUUUUCUACCUCGUGGUACAGGUAUUGUGACGCGUCGUCCAUUAAUUUUACAACUGAUUCAUUGUCCUCUCGAUGAUAGGGAACAUCGCUCAGCUGAAAAUGGAACUAUUAAUGCAGAAGAGUGGGGCAAAUUUUUGCACACUAAAAAGAUUUUCACGGAUUUCAAUCAAAUUCGUAAUGAAAUUGAGGAAGAGACUGACCGUGCGGCCGGCUCCAAUAAAGGCAUUUGUCCCGAACCCAUUAACUUGAAAAUAUUCUCAACACGCGUCGUGAAUUUAACACUCGUUGAUUUACCUGGUAUAACUAAAGUGCCGGUUGGUGAUCAACCAGAAGACAUCGAAGCACAAAUUAAAGACUUGGUGUUAAAGUUCAUCGAUAAUCCGAAUUCGAUAAUUUUGGCAGUGACCGCAGCGAACACGGAUAUGGCGACAAGUGAGGCAUUAAAAUUGGCUAAAGAAUGUGAUCCCGAUGGUCGACGCACCUUGGCCGUGGUUACAAAACUCGAUCUCAUGGACGCCGGUACUGACGCUAUUGAUAUAUUGUGCGGUCGUGUGAUACCAGUAAAACUGGGUAUUAUUGGCGUUGUGAAUCGUUCGCAACAAGACAUAAUUGAUAAGAAGCAAAUUGACGAUCAACUGAAAGAUGAAGCGGCGUUCUUACAAAGGAAAUAUCCGACAUUAGCUACACGUAAUGGUACACCUUACUUAGCUAAAACAUUAAAUCGUUUACUUAUGCAUCACAUACGCGAUUGUUUACCGGAUCUGAAAACACGUGUCAACGUAAUGUCUUCACAAUUCCAAUCGCUACUACACUCGUAUGGCGAAGACGUUUCAGAUAAAAGUCAGACACUACUACAAAUCAUAACCAAAUUUGCUAGUGCCUACUGUUCUACCAUUGAAGGUACGGCACGAAAUAUCGAAACCACUGAACUGUGUGGUGGCGCGCGUAUUUGUUAUAUCUUUCACGAAACAUUUGGUCGUACACUGGACUCCAUACAUCCAUUAUCUGGGUUAAGUAAAAUGGACAUUCUAACAGCUAUACGUAAUGCGACCGGUCCACGGCCGGCACUAUUUGUGCCCGAGGUUUCAUUUGAAUUGUUAGUGAAACGGCAAAUACGACGUCUGGAGGAGCCAUCAUUACGUUGUGUAGAGUUAAUACACGAAGAAAUGCAACGCAUUGUACAGCAUUGUGGCAAUGAAGUGCAACAAGAAAUGCUGCGCUUCCCGAAAUUACAUGAGAAAAUUGUUGAUGUGGUUACGCAACUUUUGCGUCGCCGUUUGCCUGCCACCAAUGUAAUGGUCGAAAAUCUGGUGGCUAUCGAAUUGGCGUAUAUUAAUACCAAACAUCCCGAUUUUCACAAGGAUGCUGCAUUAGUGCCCAGUCUACUGAAGGCGGAUAAUAUCAUUGAGCCAUUCAGCCAUUUGAGUGCGCAAGUGCAACGACGCACCAAUACGCCACGCAAUUCCAAUUCGUCACCACAAGUGUCGGCAGCGCAUCAACAACAGCAGCAGCAGCAACAGCAACAACAAAUGCACCAACAGCAAAAUGAUGCCCAAGAACAAAAUCAUAUUGGUGAAAACGCCGUGGGUAAUAGUUGGUUAUCAUCAAUUCUACCACCGGCACCGUCAACUUCGCCGGCUGUUAGAGGACCAGAUAGCUUCGAUAAUUCUGCAAGUAAUACUCCAUUACAUAAUAAUAUUUCGAGUCCUUUAAAACCAGUUAACUUAUUGCCGGAUAUGCCAGUUCAACAUGGUUCAAGGCGUUUAACCGAUAAGGAGCAAAAGGAUUGUGAUGUUAUUGAACGCUUAAUUAAGUCGUAUUUCUACAUUGUGCGCAAAUCCAUACAGGAUUCUGUACCAAAAGCGAUCAUGCAUUUCUUAGUUAAUUACGUUAAGGAUAAUCUACAAAGCGAGCUAGUCACACAUUUGUACAAGUCGGAAAGAGCAGAAACUUUACUCAACGAAUCGGAUCAUAUCGCAGUGCGACGAAAAGAGGCGGCCGAUAUGUUAAAGGCGCUCACCAGGGCAAACCACAUAAUAAGCGAAAUACGCGAAACGCAUAUGUGGUAGAGAGUCGUGUUUUUGGUGUUAUGGGGCUAUUAUGACAUUAGAAAUGUAUUUAAAAUACAGCAUUGUCGUCGUUUGAGCUUCGUCACCAGUUGGUGAUUUGUAUUCUUCAUUAAAGCUGCAUUCAUAUAUAUACAUACAUAUA